AUGAGAUUCCUCUUCUUGAUCCUCGUCGUGGCGCCCGUGCUGGGCACGGAAUUCCACGGCCAUACCCGGGAACGCAGACAAGCGCAGCAACCCCAUUACCGAGCUUAUAAUCAAGCACCGGCAGCAAUCAAGCAGAUAUUGGCCGCGCAGCAGUAUCGCGACCCGAUUGUUCAUCUCCCGCCGCAACCGGUGCCGAAUUUCGCGCCAUCAACACCCAUUCAGCCUCAACACGUCGCGCAAAACCAGCUGAGUCAAUAUAAACCGAACGUGCAAAUAGGUCAGGCACCUCAGCAACCGACCUAUAAGGAGAUUGCCGUACAACCAGCCCAAUACAAUCCGCCGGCUGCUGCCCAGAAAGAAUACAAUCCGCAGUAUCUCGGCAGUUAUGGAGCGCAGCAGCAGCAGCAGCAGCAGCAAGCCGCCCAAAAUAAUUAUCAAUACUCGAGAAAUCUGCCGCCGCACCUUCAGCAGCUCGUGCAAUUCCAACAAAACCUGGGCAACCCGCAAGGACAGCAUCAGGGAUAAU